CACACCGACCUCCCUCGCUCACUUCUCUGGUACUAUUGCUGCUGCUGAUCACCACCACAAUCACCAACAAACUGCUCCUCUUGCUUUGUCCGAAAACGAGAUUUACGACUCCGAACUCAAAACCAUAGCCGCUAGUUUCCUCCGCGGUUUCUCCACCCCCGCCACCGCCUCCGCCACCAGUGUCCAAACAACCAAACCCCAAAACCUGGUCCCUCUCGCCUCAUCCGAACUCACCCCGAAAAAAACAGCCGACACCUUCGGCCAACGCACCUCCAUUUACCGCGGCGUAACAAGGCACAGGUGGACAGGAAGAUAUGAAGCGCAUCUGUGGGAUAACAGUUGCAGAAGAGAAGGACAAAGUAGGAAAGGCAGACAAGUUUAUUUGGGUGGAUAUGAUAAAGAAGAAAAGGCAGCAAGAGCCUACGAUCUGGCAGCUCUCAAAUACUGGGGUCCGACUACAACCACAAACUUUCCGGUUUCUAACUAUGAGAAGGAAUUGAAUGAGAUGAAGAACAUGACUAGGCAGGAAUUUGUCGCUUCUCUUCGAAGGAAAAGUAGUGGAUUUUCUAGAGGAGCUUCUAUUUACAGGGGGGUCACAAGGCACCAUCAACAUGGUAGAUGGCAGGCAAGAAUAGGAAGGGUUGCAGGCAACAAAGACCUCUACCUUGGCACUUUCAGCACCCAAGAGGAAGCUGCCGAGGCCUAUGACAUUGCUGCCAUCAAGUUCAGAGGCCUAAAUGCCGUGACUAACUUUGACAUGACCCGCUACGACGUGAAGAGCAUUGCUAACAGCAACCUUCCCAUAGGAGGAAUGUCCGGAAAAUCCAAGAACUCGUCGGACUCCGAUAGCAAGAGCAUCGAAGGUAACCGUUCAGCGGAUGAUCGAGAUCUCUCCUCUGCAUCCUCUGUCACCUUCGCAUCUCAGCAGCCUAGUUCCUCCACACUAAGCUUCGCAAUUCCCAUCAAACAAGACCCAUCAACAGAUUACUGGUCCAACAUUUUCGGGUACCACCACAAUGCCAAGAACCCUAGCACUGUCUCAGUUUCACCAUCAUCCUUGUUCCAAUCUUGUACGACUAAUGUGCCCUAUGGCAACAAUUCCUCACAAAUACCCUUCAACAUGGACUUCUCAGUCUCAGCCACCUCUAGCACUUCUCCCUCUGAAACCAACAACGGGUACUUUGGUAAUUACAAUGCCCAUGGUCAACAACAACAAGACCAAAGUACAAGUGGUACAAAUUCAAUCCCAUUUGCUACACCUAUUGCUUUAAAUAGCAACAGCGGAUUUGAAACUUCUUCUGGUUAUGGAAGCUGGAUUGGGCCAAGUCUUCACACAUUUCAGACCCAUGCAAAGACCAAUCUCUUUCAGACACCAAUUUUUGGCAUGGAAUAAAUUUUAGCAGCUGAGAUCACAUGAGGAGAUGAAGAUGAGGACCUCUGCAAAAACUAUGGAAAGUGAAGGAAGAACAAAAGGAAGAAGACAAUGUUUGUGGUUUGCAUGCACAUGUGGGGGUCAAAAAAACUUUAGUUGAAUUAGAGAUGAGGUGGACUGACAGGCAUAGGUCAUAAUUUGACACAGGAGAGCUCAGCUCACACUGUACUAACUCUACUUCUUUUGUUGAGAUGGUGCUUCUUACCUUUUCUUUUUUGUAUUUUUUUUUUCUUUUUGUUCUUUUAGCUUUUUCUUUUUCUUUCUACUGACAUGAUUCUAUAUAUGGGUAUAAUGAAAAAGAAAUCCUUUUGGAAUCCUUUGUUCUUGC